GCGGCUCUCGGUGGAUGCUGAGCGCAGGAGGCGCGCGGGAGGGGCUGCUGUGUCUUAACACAUUCUCGUAUUCUAACGAGCGCGAGGGGAUCAGGACGGAGCUAAACGUUCAUAUAUUUCGCUUACAACCCCCCCAAGUACCCGUAAUGCCUCUUUUACGCUGGAUUUGUGUCCUGUCAUCUUUGACAGCGUCGUUUUAAGGAAAAACAUCGCGAAUCGGACAUUUUGUGUUUCCCCCGCGAGGCAGAAGAGCGCGCUUAGUUCCACAAACUGAAUACGAAACAGCUUUGCGAAAAGGAAGAGAUUGACAUAACUCAAGGUAAGACGUUGUCAGACCAUCAUGGCAUGGCCCUGCAUCUCCAGAGCCUGCUGUAUGGCUCGGUUCUGGAACCAGCUGGACAAGGCCGACAUUGCGGUGCCGCUGGUUUUCACCAAGUACUCGGACGUGUCCGAGAUGCAGCAUCUUCACCUGCAGCAGCCCGCGCUGAAAGAGACGCAACCGCUUCACAACGACCACGACGCGGUGACCAAAGGACCCGCAGCCCAUGAGGACAACAUCUUGGGAUCCGUGAUGCGCCAGGACUUUAAACACUGGAAAGUUCGCCCGGAGCCCAGCUGCAAGCCCAAGAACGAGUACCACGGCCCCGAGGUUCCUUUUAACAACGAGACCCAGUAUCAGAAGGACUUCAAACCCUGGCCAAUCCCAAAGAGGGGAGAUCAUCCUUGGAUCCCCAAACCCUCUCCGACCAUCUCAGCGGGCAAUGACCGCAUCCCUGACAGACCCAAACACUCCUCAGAGAUGAUGGACAAUGGGGUGGAAAAGAGCGAAAUUGCUGACAAGGUGCAAGAGAAGGAGAUCCUGUCCAGUGAAAGGAAAAAGAGGCAAGCCAAGAAAGUAAACGUGGUUUCUGAAAACAAAGCUGGCGUGAAGUUGGACGGGCAGAGCGUGGGGGAUGCCACCACUACAGAGGGUAAAGGGAGGGCAGCUGUGGAUGCUCUCAACCGGCAGAUCAAAAAAGAAGUCUCCUCUGGCAGCUCCUACAGGACUGAGUACAAAGCCUACACAGAUGUGAAACCUGUGAAGCUCAUCAGGGCCAAGUCUCAGUAUCAGCCUCCCGAUGAGAAGACUGAUCUGGAGACCAGCUACAGCGCCACCUACAGGGCCUACCAGGCCACUCAGCAGCCAGAUGACAACAAGGCCCUGGAGAGGAGGAGGAUACGCACACUGUACCAUGAACCCUACAGAGAGAGCAGUAAGGUGGAGAAAACCAGUCUUCCUCGCUCCAAACCCAAAAAGAGCACAUCCACCACACCUGGCAAAUCUCUGAAGAAGUCCAAGGAGAAGCAGGCAAUGUCGGUUCGUGGUUCGAAGAAGAAGAGCUCCGAGAACCAGCCGGAGGGCAGAGCGGCGCAGGGCGACAAGGAGAAAAGGUUAUGCUAAAACAGUACCACUACAUUCAGCUCUGUCAGCCCAUCCGUGAUAUUGGUUGGGUGCAGACACUAAAGCAACACCUGUGGCGCUGUGCGAUGCCCGACCCAAGGUAAUUGUCGCCUGAGAUUAGUUACGCUUCUUCCGUCUUCAUCCGUACUUAAGCAGCACAAUUAUUACUCACUGAGAGAAAGUGUAGUGUUGCUAGUGCUUCGUACUUUCUAGAGUUUCCAUUGAGACACCAUAAAUGUUCCUCAUCUUUUGAUUUGCUCCCAUGCGUAUUCUCUUCCAUAUGGAAAGUGUUGGGCCAAAGGAGGUUGAAUAGGAGUUUGACUGCUCAUGUAUGUUGUUUUCCUGUUGUUAAUGUUGUUUUUGGAAGACGCUGUAGCACUUAAUUUGUCAGAGUGUUUUUUUUUAUACGUGCAUGUUUCGUUUCAGUGUUGACUACCAUCACAUAUAAGCUUGUUACUGUUUUAGUAAAAUAGGUCAAGGUACGGUAUCCUUUCUUAAUGUAUUCAUCUAAGGCAUUGCUCCCUAUAGAGGAGUUCUUUUUUUUGUGGUACUUGUAAUUUGAGGUACCAUCCAUCUCUUCUCCCUACUGAAAGAACAAUCUAUCUACAGUGAACUUUAAAUGCCACUCAUAGAUUAAUUUCUUCCUUUUUUCAGGAGAUUAAUGAAACUGAACUUGGUAAAAUUUGAAUCUUUAGUUUUAUAGAACGGCACAUUGCAUUCUCGUUCAGUGGUGUCUUUUCAUGCUGGUUUUAUUCCUGGACUUUUCCUUUGAACAACCUGAGAUCACAUUUAUAAUUCAGCUGUUUUUUAUAUAUCAGGGUCUAAAUGUCUGAGACCACACAAGAGUUUACAUUUUCAGUUUCACCAUUUUGCUUUUUUAGAGGUACCUGAAAUACAGUAGUUUAAUACAAUAUUUAACUAAAAGGAAAUAAUAUACUUUUAUUUAUUUAUUCAUUCACCCUUCUUUCCAACAUAAACAAAGAUCAUGGGGGUCAAUAAUUAAUAACAUUAUUUUCAACUAAGCCUUCAAAUGCGUUUCACGUCCACAUUGAUCAGAAUUAAGCACUAAAAGGUGAUCUUACGGUUGAAAAGCUGUACGCCUAUCGUCUAUGUGGUCUGUAUCUUCCAGCGGAAGGAUUUCGCUUAAGGAAUUUGUUUAGUCCAAACUAACUUUUUAAUGAACAUUUGCAUCCUUACUCAUGUAAAAGUGUAGUAACCGUUUGAAUACAGUCGCAGCUAAAUAGUUCAACGCGUACCGCGCCUCGUUCCUAAUAACGUCAUAUUUCCCGUGUUUUUUUGACGGUAGCGAAAAGGCUCUCGCCGCGAGUAUUUUGCGCACGUUAAUGUAGCAUAUUUAUCACCUGAAUACUUAUUCAAGCAUUUCCUGACGUAAGUCAUCACUUACAGUGGUCUUGCUAUGAAUAGAUUUUCUAUAAAUAGAAAUGCUGAUUAAAAUGUGGUCUCAGAAUGCUCAAAGCCUCGUUUCUUCUAGUGCGCACUGCUAUCUAUCGGAUGAAACACCUCAUGUUGUGUCUCUGUCUCUCUCUCUCUUUCUCUCUCUCCCUCUGUCGCCCUUCUGCUCAUCCUUUGGCAAUAACACUGUGCUGCUCCUUAGAGAAUCUGAGUCUGGCCUCGGACGAGUCAGCGAUUAUUAUUCCGCGGGUACCUCUGGAAGAGAACCACUGGUGGAACGACCAGAACCACGUCGGGGAGUAGUCCGGUUCGCUCCGGAUGUCAAGUACUGAGACAAAAGCACAC